AGAACAAGUUCACAUCUUUGGAUUCUUCUUCUUUUGAGUCAACAACAAUAGCGUCGACAACAACAACAGCAACUGAGUCAGCAGAGAUGACGGAAGGUGUAACAAGCUCAACUGCAGAUACAACUCCAGUGAUUACAACUGAAUCAACAUCCACUCCAACAAGAAGGGCAUCAACGACAAUAGAAACAACGCAAGAAUUUACUACGAACCCGAAAACGACAAUAACCCAAGAAACAACAACUGAAGGCUUAACAACUACUCAACCAAUCACAACAACUGCAACAGACAAAGAAACAACAACCGAAAGAUUAACAACUACAACAAUAAACCAAGAAACAACAACUGAAAGCUUAACAACUACUCAACCAAUCACAUCGCCAUCAACUUCAUCAAAUAAAGGAACAACAACUGAAGGCUUAACAACUACUCAACCAAUCACAUCGCCAUCAACUUCAUCAAAUAAAGAAACAACAACUGAAAGUUUAACAGCUACCCAUCUAAUCACAUCGUCAUUCACUACCAAAAAAACAUCUACAGAGAAAAUGACAACCACAAGUAACGCAAAAACAUCAUCAACUUCCGAACCAACAAUGACAUCGGUAAUAAGUACUGACGGCAAAACAACUGCGAAAGAAGAUACAUCUCCAACUACAACAACAAGUAAACCUAAAUCAACCCUCAGUACAUCAAUAUCGCAGUCAACAGAAACAACCCAUGAACUUGUGGACACUACUACAUCAUCUAACGCAAAAGAUACCAUAGAAGAACCGAAUCAGUCAAAACUGAGAAACACACAUUUGAUCGUGGGAGCCUCGACUUCCGUUGUUGGAAUAGUAUUAUUAAUGAUAAUCAUUGGAGUGGUAGCAAGAAAAUGUAGUAAAUCGAAUAAACAAAACAAGAAACAACAGGAAGACAAUGGACCAGUCAGAAACUGGAGAGACCUUGCCUUAGCGGGAAAACAAGACACAGAUUCUCAGAACAAGGUCAAUUCGUCCUUAUCCUACAACAGAAAUUACUACGUUGGGCACGCACCUCUGCAUCAAUUCAAAUCUAGUGGCGGAUCUCGGCAUAUAGACUCUAAUAAAUAUCACAGAUAUUGACAAUUCUAAGCUCAUCCCCUAUUGCACAUAAAUACAUUGUAGUAUUUAACCUUUUUUUACUGAAUUUGUAUAUAUUAUUUGCUUUGAAGCUGCUUUAUGAGGCAAUUAUAUAGUGUUUAUUUAUGACUCAAUAUAGUGUGUAUAAUUUUAUAAUUGUUCUCUGUAUAGAGUGCUU